CGGGUACGACAGACUGUCGAGAGUACGCCCUCUCAUACAAGCGCUGAAUGCCAGCUUCAAAAGGCAAUACACUCCGUCAAGCCAUCAAUCCAUUGAUGAGAGCAUGGUGCGCUUCAAAGGACGGUCUUCGUUGAAGCAAUACCUCCCUAUGAAGCCAAUAAAACGCGGAUAUAAGGUUUGGUGCCGCGCUGACUCCCAGACAGGAUACCUUAUUGAUUUUCAGGUUUAUGAAGGGAAAGCUGCUGACCGCCCAGCCAGCAUGGGUCUCGGAGAACAUGUUGUGCUCUCCCUGCUUGAUGGUGUGGAGCCUGGUACACAACUAUAUUUUGAUAACUUUUUUACAUCCACACGGCUAAUGGAGGCCUUGAAAGAAAAGGAAAUUCUGGCAGUGGGGACCGUUCGAACAAAUCGCAAGAAUCUCCCUGAAGAAAUCAGACAUGAUAACAAGCUGCAGAAGGGUGACUAUAUAUGGCGGACAAAAGGAAGCAUCACGGCUUACCAGUGGAAGGAUACGAAAAACGUCCACGCACUUUCCAACUUUCAUCACCCGAACGACACUGUGGACGUUGUUCGAAAGCUUGCCAAUGGCUCGUCCGUGUCUGUCCAAUGCCCAAAGGCCAUCUCAGACUACAACACCUGGAUGGGUGGAGUCGACAGGUUUGACCAGAGGAGAAAUGCGUAUCCGGCAGACAGAAGAUCUAAAAAGUCCUGGUACCGAAUUUUCUACUUUCUGCUGGAUGCAGCAGUAGUGAAUGCUUUCCUCCAAAUGAAAGAAGACAAUCAAAUGAGCUACCUGUGGUUCCGGCUUGUCCUCGGUCGCCAGCUGAUAAACGGCCAAACCUUCAAAGGCUCUAACAAUCGGCCUUAUAAAGCCAACAAAAAAGGCACCAAAAAUGGCCAAAAAAUGGUAGGAGUUCAGGACGAAGUCCGAUUUCUGGGAGAUGGACACCACCCUCAGAAAGUCGCGAAAAGGAGGCGAUGUCGCUGGUGCUCCAGUGCCAAGAAAGAAGCUCGCACCAAUUUUUUGUGCUCUGCAUGCAAUGUGCCACUUUGCGCAACAUGUUUUGGGCCUUUUCAUGCUGGUCGAAAGUGAACUGAAAGCCCUUGAGAGGCGAUGGGACAAAUACGUCCCACUUUCUGAAAUUUCAUUGAGUGUCAGUGGGACACAUCUGUCCCACUUUUUCUGAAUAAACUACUUGUUCUUAUGGCUUGAAAUUUCGU